UGUCCGCAUCUAGGAGCAAGUUUAUUUCAGUAUCUGACAGGGCUCCUUGUUUAUUUAUAUAUAUUUUUUUGUAUGUAUGCAUUUCCUAAUGUUCUCAAAAAGAUAGAUCUUAUUUUUAUAUGUACAUUGUUGCGAAUUUUUGUAAGUAUUUUAUACUUUUUAUUAUUGUUUUCUGCAAAAAACGAGAGUAUUAUGUAAAUAUAGUUCUCUAGAAACAGCUGUGUGGUGUUUUUACAUGCUGUGGUGAUGAUCUUCUGAGACUGUCUCAUUCUGUUUACAUUGGAUGCGUUAAGAAAAAGAGUUUGCCAAGUACAAGACAACUGUGAAAUUUGCUUGGCAGCAGAUCAGUUUGCUGCAGUAAUAAUUACUAUAUAACCUUCAGUCACUAAUAAUUCGAGCCAGACAAUAGCUAACGGGUGCUUCCUCAUCUUCUAUGCCCUUCCUGCAGACACUAUAAAUCAGUUGAAGUCCUCCAUUUUGAGGGAAAUAUCAAUUCUUUAAAUACCUUCAGCAGAAUUAAUGAGUGAGGAGAGAAAUUUUUUCUAGAGCAAGCAUGCACAGUUGCUUCCCACAUUUCUUACUGUGGCUUGUGAUGUCAUAAAUUCACCAACACCCCAGAAAACAGUCUAACAAAUAAGGAAAAUGAACAUUUACCAACUUAAGAAGACAAUAAAUGAACAAUUGGUAAAAAUUAAAACCUUUGUGUAAAACAUAGUCUUAGUUGCAAAACAGAAAAGCAAUCAAGUUCUAAUCCCGACAGUGCCACAGCCAUCUGUGGCUGGGAGCCAAGGGGUGAAAUUGGUCAUACUCUCUGGGCAGGAGGGAUUUUGUACUCUGUCUCCCCUGUCAGUCACAGUGACUCUUGCCAAUCACAGGUGUCCAUGAGCUCAUGUAUGUGGAAGAGGGCAGAUAUCAAGCAAAAGUUCAAAAGAAUAUGAUAGGUUGGCUUCACGUGUCUGGGACGAAGCACGUUAGCCCUCACACUUCCUGGGGUGGCAGCUGUCAUGUGAUAGGGACACGCUGGCGGGUGAGUGGAAAUGCUCAGGUGACCAAAUUAGGGAAGACAUGGGGUAAAACAUAUAUGAUAGUUAGUUGAACUACAGGGUGUCCCAGAAGUCUCCAUACAUAGGGGACUUUGUAUGCCAGCACCAUGUCAGUUGUGCCUUCGUCAGUGAAUGUUCAUGGACGUCCACUUCUCGGUUGACGGCAAAUGUAGUCGAGCAUCAGGACAUCAAUAAUUGAUGUUAGUAAAUGAUCCCUCAGUGAGUAAAGAUGUAUUAUUUGAUGUGUUCUUUCUUGGUUCUCACAUCCUUUCAUUUCGGUCACAGUAAAAGCUAAUAUUCCAGGAAAGACAAGACAGUGCAAUUUAAGAAAUGAGAAUUGUGCCAUAGACAGUGUAACAAGCUGAAUCUUUUAAGAAGUAAUUCAGCUUUUUUCAACCAAAGCUCUAUUUACAUCUGUAGCUUCAGCGUUUCCCUCUAACUAGAAAACAAAAAAACCUGAUUCAUCAAAACACUUACAAUGGCAGUCUAAGUUGAAUUUUCAAUACUCACUGGUCACUUUAUUAGGAACACUAAACUAUUACUGGGUAGGACUUCCUUUGUUCUCAGAGCAACCUCAAUUCUUCAUGACAUGGAUUCCACAAGAUGUUGGAGAUUCCGGUCCAUGUUGAAAUUUUCUGCAGUUCACAACUUCACGUUCACAAUUUCUGCAGAUUUGUCAGUUGCACAUUCAUGUUGUCAAUCUCCCACAACCCAGUGGUGCUCUGCUGGAUUCAGAACUGGUGACUGGGGGAGGCCACUGCAGUACACUGACUUCACUGUCUUGUUCAAGGAACCCAUUUGAGACGACUCAUGCUUUGUGACCUGGAGCAUUAUAAUGCUAGAAGUAGGGGAUGCGCAUGGUCAGCAACAAUACAGCCAAAUAGGCUGCAGUAUUCAAGCAAUGCUCAACUGGUAUUAAGUGAGCCUAGUGUGCGUCAAGAAAACAUUCAGAAUCAGAAUCAAGCUUUAAUGGUUAAGGAUGCUUUGGUUACACUGUAGCUCACAGAAUAGAAAAGUGACAGUAAACAUUAGUACAAUAGGACACCUUCUUAGCUGAAGUCAACUGUCCACACAACCACCUUCCUAGUUCUGGAGGUGUGUAGAUCCAGCAGGGUGGGCAGCUUUACACUGAUGGUCUUUUCUGCAGACCUGAUGAUGCGCUGCAGUUGCGCUGUGAAUGUCAUGUUUGGUGGCUGAGCUGCACCAGACUGUGAUGGAGCUGGUGAUGACUCUGAUGGCUGUGUAGAACUGCACCAUCAGCUCCUCAGAUAGGUGGAACUUCUUCAGCUGUUUUAGGAAGUACAUCCUCUACUGGGCUCUCUUACUGAUGGAGCUGAUAUUACUUUCCCACUUCAUGUCCCUGGUGAUUGUAGUUCCCAGGGACCUAAAGGAGUGUUUCCACCUACAGAACUGCUGCUCAGUGGAUAUAUUUUGUUUUUCACAUCAUUCUGUGUAAAGCUCAUUAAACUCUGUAGACCGUUGUGCUGAUCUCCCAGGAGAGUUGCAGUUUCUAAAAUACUCAAACCAGCCUGUCUGGCACCAACAACCAUACCACGGUCAAAGUCACUGAAAUCACAUUUUCUCCAUUCUGAUGUUUGAUGUGAAUGUUAGCUAAAGCUCUUGACUUGCAUCUUUGUGAUUUUAUGAAUUGUCAUGCUGCCACAUGAUUGGCUGAUUCGAUAAUUGCGUGAAUGAGCAGGUAUACUGAUGUUCCUAUUAAACUGGUGGGUGAGUGUAUUCAAGGCACUUUUUUAAUGGAAAAGUAGUCCUGCUUCUGAAAGGAAAGCAUGCAUAUAGUGCAUAUAGUGCUUAAUUUAUAUAUAGCUUCAAUCUAAGAAUUCAUGAAGGCACUCUACAAAAAUGUGGUUUGCUUAAACAUCUAUUAACUGCUCAUGGACUUUUAAUGUAAAUGACUUUUACUUUGUGUUCUCAGUACAUGGAAUUGUGCAGACUUUUCUGUGGUAAUCAUACCAAAUGCUACAGAUUUGGUGGAUAGAGAUUAGGCAGAAAAAUGCUGGAAUAUUCUCUUAUCUUUCCAUUUAUUAAUCAGAUGUGCUUAUCUUAUAGAAAAACAUAUCCUUUAAUAAUCGUUUCCCAAACAACUAAUGAACUUGUGCAUGCAAACCUCUGUAGGAGGCACUUCCUCUUCAGUACAGGUAUGAGUGGGUGUGUGUUCAUGCAAGCUUACAGCUUGAGCUGGACCCUGCUCUUUGACCUACAUGUGGAUGAGCUAGUGUAUUACUAGGAAGGGCAGUGUAGAUGAUAUGAAUGUUGAUCUGGGCUCCUGUGCAUUUCUUCUGAACUAUGCUUGACCAGGUGGUGUGUGUUGCCGCUGUUACAGUGCUUGGAGUGCUGGAGCAAGCGUACUUCUCCCUGCAGGUGAUCUACGCUCGGCGGAAAUACUCCGUCCCCCCUCCGGCCACCACGGGACACCCUGAUUUUGAGAGGGUCUUCAGAGCACAAGCAAAUUGUUCUGAAUAUUUCCCCUUAUUCGUGAUUACACUUUGGGUGGCUGGAAUUUUCUUUAGCCAAGCUGUGUCUGCAUUUCUUGGGUUCCUGUACAUUUAUGGACGAUAUCAGUACUUCCACAGAUAUGCAGAGUCUGCACAGGGAAGACUGGCCCCUCUGUACUUCACAGCGAAGGUGCAGUGGGGGCUGAUCGCCCUGUCGGCCCUCGGCGUGCUCUGCUCUAUGAGUCGCCUGUAUUUGGGUGUGGAUCUGUUCAGCUCUCUGUGUGAGGUGCUCGGCCUGAAUCAGCUCGAGUGAAUGCAGGAAUGGGAAAACUCAUUUCACCUUCGCCUCCUUUAGUGAAAGCCUGACAUCAGCAACGUUAGUUUAGAAACCACUGGCUCCAAUAAGCUGAAUACACUGAAUCUACAAUUUUGUUUUAAGAUCUUUUCACAGCUCUCCUUAAUUACUUUCUUUAUGAGGUGUAUAAGAAUUUAUUGUGAGAGAGAAAUUUAAUAAAGAGUUUAAUAUGCCUUGGGGCUUUUGAUUUUUUUUUUUUUAACCCAUCAGACCUGAUUUUUUAUAUUGUUUUCUAUCAUAUUGUUCUUGCAUUAGUUUGUCAGUUUAAGUAAUGAAUAAAACACUUGGGGUGUGAUGUUAUAGGAAAAUAAUCAGUGAAAGGGUGUAGUCAUGAAGCCCAACAAGAACUGGAAUUACAAACUGAAAAUUGAUUAUUUUCCUAAAACAGCUUGUCCUGAAGUGUUUUUUCUGUCUUACACCAAAGCUACUGAUUUUUUAUUUAUUAAAGAGUGACAUGUCAUACUUUUCCACUUAUCGCUUACACUAUAGCAGAAAUAAACUCUUGUUCCCUCA